AUGGAUAGAGCUAAAAAACUCACUAGUGUGAAAAGUGCCGGACAAAACUUAGACUCUACUUUUGCUGAACAUGAAGUUGACUUGAAGGCUAUUACCUCAAAUCCCGUAUCCCUUGGGGCGGUGGGUACUGAAUUAUCAACCGAACAGAAAUACUUCAUAUUGAAAAGAAUGGGUCACAAGAACUUGGAAUCAAUGGAGGAUUUACCUGUGGGCGUGACGUUGAUGAUUCAGUACAUUCAAGAUCUUCCCAUUGAAGAAGCCAUUGAGAUUUUGAAAACUACUAUCGUCGAGCACGAUGAAGACGUCAACUUCCCAAGUGAGGUGAUGGACUUGAUUGAGAAAUUGGUGGAGUUGGCCCCAGAGAAGGUCAACAACUCUACAAUUUCCGAGAAGUUGGAAAACUCUUUGGAAAAGACCGGUGAAGCUGUCAACGUGCACGACACCGACGCUUCGUCUUUAGAAGUUGCUGAUGGUAACUACUACGACAUCGUUGACUGGGAAUUGCAGAGCAAGAUCGAGGCUUCCUUGAUUGCCUACCACUCUCCUUACCCAGAAAUCCGUUCGGUCACCGACUGUUACGAUGAUCCAACAUUGUACGUCGAAACUCCAAGAGUGUACCUUUUGGGAUUAAUUUGGACAGCCAUUGGGGCUUUUGUUAAUCAGUUUUUUGCUGAAAGACAACCUUCUAUCUCAUUGCCAUCCUCAGUUGUGCAAUUGUUGUUGUAUCCUUCGGGUUUGCUUGUUGCAGCUAUUUUGCCUAAAUGGAAAUUCAAGAUCUGGAAGUAUACUUUUGACUUGAACCCUGGUCCUUGGAACCACAAGGAACAGAUGUUGACUACUAUUUUCUACUCGGUUUCCAGUGGUACUCCUUACGUGUCUUAUAAUAUCCAUGCCCAGAAGGUUAAACAGUUCUAUAACAAUACUUGGGCUGACUUUGGCUACCAAACUUUGUUGAUCUUGUCUAACAACUUCUUGGGUUUCGGUUUCGCAGGUAUUAUGAGAAAGUUUACUAUUUACCCAGUUAGGGCUCUUUGGCCAUCUGUGUUGCCAACCUUAGCCUUGAACUCAGCUUUGAUGAAGCCAGAAAAGAAAGAAAAAAUCAAUGGCUGGUCCAUUUCAAGAUAUAAUUUCUUCUUUAUUUGCUUUGCUGCUUCCUUCGUGUAUUUCUGGAUUCCUGACUACUUAUUCUAUGCGUUGUCCACCUUCAACUGGAUGACUUGGAUUGCUCCAAACAACUUCAACUUGGCUGCUAUCACUGGUUCUUCUUAUGGGUUAGGAAUGAACCCUAUUCCAAGUUUUGACUGGAACGUCCUCAAUUUCAACUAUGCUUUGACUAUUCCUUUCUACUCGCAGAUUAACCAGUACAUUGGACUGAUUUUAGGUUUCUUCUCGAUCAUAGGUGUGUUUUGGACCAAUAAGUACUGGUCUGGAUACUUGCCAUUGAACUCUUCGUCUUUGUUCACGAACACUGCUGAAGUCUAUGAUGUCAAAGCUAUAGUUGACUCCAAAUCUCUUUUCGAUCAUGAAAAAUACAUGGAGGUUGGCCCUCCGUACUAUUCUGCUGCUAACUUGGUUCUUUACGGGGCUUUCUUUGCCAUCUACCCAUUUGCCAUUAUCUACGAAUGCUUUAUCAACUUCACUCCAAUGAAGAAUGCCUUAUUCAGUUUAGGAACUUCUAUCAAGAACAUCAGAAGAUCGACUUUUGAAGGUUUCAAUGAUCCUCACACCCAGAUGAUGAAGAAGUACAAAGAAGUUCCCGACUGGUGUUUCCUCGUGGUAUUGUUGAUUGCUUUGAUUUUGGCUAUUAUUUGUGUAAAGGUGUACCCAGCUCAAACUCCUGUUUGGGGUCUUUUCUUUACUCUUGGUAUCAACUUUGUUUUCUUGAUUCCUUUGACUGCUGUCUUCUCCACUACUGGUUAUCAAUUCGGUCUUAAUGUGUUGGUUGAAUUGAUCAUUGGAUAUGCAAUCCCUGGUAACGGUUUGGCCUUGAACUUCUUGAAAGCCUUUGGUUACAAUAUUAACGGUCAAGCCCAGAACUAUAUUUCUGAUCAAAAGAUGGGUCAUUAUGCCAAGCUUCCUCCAAGAGCCAUGUUCAGAUGUCAAAUGUUGUCGAUGUUUGUUGCUUCAUUCAUUUCUUUGGCCACUAUGAACUUCACCAUUAACCACAUCAAGGGCUAUUGUGAUGCUUUGCAACCACAAAAGUUUACCUGUCCAAACUCCAAGGUUUUCUACAACGCUUCUAUUUUAUGGGGUGUUAUUGGACCAAAGAAGGUUUUCAAUGGUUUAUAUCCAUUGUUGCAAUACUGUUUCUUGAUCGGUGCAUUAUUGCCCAUUCCUUGUAUCUUGUUCAAGAAAUAUGGUCCAAAGAAGGUGACAAAGUACUUCCAACCAACUUUGAUCAUUGGGGGUUUCUUAGUUUACGCUCCUUAUAACUUGUCCUACUACACUGGAGGAGUUUACCUUUCGUUUUUCUUUAUGCUGUAUAUCAAGAAGCGGUACUUAUCGUGGUGGGAGAAGUAUAACUAUGUGUUAUCUGGAUCGUUGGAUGCUGGUAUUGCUUUCAGUGGAAUCAUUAUUUUCUUUGCUGUCUUUUAUCACGACAAGUCGAUUUCUUGGUGGGGAAAUAAUGUUAUUUACGGAGGCGUUGAAGGAAGUCUGGUAGGUAGACUUGAUGUUGCCACUUUACCAGGGGGAACCUUUGGUUUGGCUCCAUCUGACUAUCCAUAAAUUAUAUAAUAUAAACAGUGUGAUAAUUAAUAAGUUUGUGUUUGUCUUGCGACUGUCAGAUUGCAAAGCCUUGUACCAGAUAAACGGUUUUUAGAGGGGAAUUCUAAGAAUAGGAUUAAUAUCAUCUGGCUGCCGUUAUAUUAGCCAACUUUGGUGUCAUAGUUAGUAAUCCAGCAUAUCUAGUAAA